AUGGACAAUUUCGUAUUUAAAUUGAAUACAACCACAAAUACAUCAAAAUAUUAUCGAUGUGAAAAUCCACAAUGUACUAUGACUUUACGUACAGAUAUAAAUGAUAUUCUAGUAGGAACUAAAGGUCAUCAUAGUCAUCCACCUGAACCUGAACAAAUUGAAGUUCGAAAGCUCAAACACGUUAUCAAAGAACGUGCAAUAAAUGAAAAUACUCCUGUACCUAAAAUAUAUGAUGAAGAAACAUCGAGAUUUUGUUUAACAUCAUUGGCUAUUGCUAUUAUUCCAUCACAAAGAGAAAUAAGUGCGAUGGAACUUUUUGAUGGAUUAUCGUAUGUAGUGCCUAAAAAUAUAUCAUCAAAAAAAAAGUAA